UAUUCACAUCUGACUCCCUCCCUUUAAAUCAUCAAAAUCACGGCCGUACGCACCCACCCACAAAGUAGUAACAAUUUUGUUAACCAUACGAGUGAUACUACAGGAGGCGGGAGAUGUGGCAUGGGGGCCUUCGACUGCAACGUAAAUGGCAACGGAGGUUUCUGUAGCGGUCUCUUCACAUGUACGUGCACAAAUGGUUAUACGGGAUCGUUCUGUGAAACAGCUCCAACAAGUGCCAUUACAGCUCCAGCAGGUCCCACCACAACCUCCACUACCAACGUCAACAACGUUAUAAACGUCAAUAAUCCUGUCAACGUCAACAGCGCUAAUGCUAACGUCAACACCGCUAAUGAUGCUAAUAACGCCAAGGUCAUACUGCUGGUUACCCUCGGGACAUUUCUAAUCUAUAUUUCUACUUUGAGAGGAUGAAGACCGAUUUUUUUUAGUCACGUACACCAAGAGCACGUUUACGACUGACUGUGCAGCUCAAUGCAUUUCUUCAAUCUAAUAAUUGUCAUAUUUUCCAAGAGACGA